GAGAACAACGCGAAGUGGAAAGGGGUCAAGUUCUGGGCUGAUUUACCGAAUCGAAAAAAGUGCAACGGAAUCGAAAAUAUAUAAAUAUAUUGAUUUUACAGCCUGGCAACAGGUCGACUGUAUCUGUGUGUGUGUCCAGUGGCAAAGGGUAUUUAAUCGCAUUUUGGCGCAUGUCUCGUUUGUCUAUCAUUCCGCACGAGUGUUUUAAAUACAAACACUUUCUAUAAUGCUGCGACGAUCCCUUGGAUCUAUUGUGAGCUUAGCUUCCCGGAAAUAUUCCGGCAAGUCAUUUUCCAGCAACAUGGCCCAAAUCAUCAAUGGCAAUGAAAUCGCCAAGGAGAUCCGCGGUCAGCUGAAGCAGGAGCUGAAGGACUUGGUGGACUCUGGCAAUCCGGUGCCCCAUCUCACGGCCGUGAUUGUGGGCGAGGAUCCGGCUAGCGAAAAGUACGUGCAGAACAAGAUGAAUGCCUGCCUUGAGGUGGGAAUCUCUAGUGAGACAAAGAGGCUGCCCGCCUCCACCACGCAGGAGGAGCUGCUGCAGUUGAUCGCCGAGCUGAACAAGGAUCAGCGAGUGACCGGUGUGCUGGUCCAACUGCCAGUUCCGGAGCACAUCAACGAACGCACCAUCUGCAAUGCGGUGGACGUGGACAAGGAUGUGGAUGGAUUCAAUGAGCUCAAUAUAGGGCGAUUGGCCCUGGACAUGGAUGGCAUUGUUCCAGCCACGCCACUCGGUGUCAAGCGACUGCUGGAGCACCAGAACAUCGAGACCCAUGGACGCAAUGCAGUGGUGGUGGGGCGCUCCAAGAACGUCAGUCUGCCGAUGGCCAUCCUGCUGCACGCGGAUGGGAAGUAUGCCACCAAGGCCCUGGAUGCCACGGUGACCAUCUGCCACAGGUACACGCCGCCAAAAGAACUGGCUCGCCACUGCCGGCAGGCGGACAUCAUUGUGGUUGCCGUGGGCAAGCCCGGGCUGAUUACCAAGGACAUGGUGAAGCCCGGAGCCUGUGUCAUCGACGUGGGCAUCAAUCGCAUCAAAGACGAGAAGACCGGAAAGUUUAAGUUGGUCGGAGACGUGGACUUCGAAGAAGUACGCCAGGUCGCCGGCCACAUAACUCCGGUUCCUGGCGGCGUUGGUCCCAUGACAGUGGCCAUGCUGCUGCACAACACCUUGAAGACGGCAAAGAAACAGUUCUGCGAUCGCCAGGCCUCCUGAAGAUCCUCUUGCAUUUGCCUCCGAGGAGUCCAACCUUCGCCGGCCGAGAAAUAGUAUUUUUUAUUUAAUUCGCUAACCUGUAUCGUAGUUUUACUGAGCAACCGCUAACAUGACGAAUGUACACUACACAUAAACUAGUUUCGCAAUAUGUGCAAAGAUAAUGGAAUCUAAAUGUGA